UAAAGAUAUAAAAGAAAUGAGAGAAUCUAAACAAGUUCCAGCAUUAGGAUUUGAUGCAACAAUGACUAAUCCCUUAAAAGAACACAGAGGAAAGCAGUAAACCUGUCCAAUUACUCUCCUGCUAGAAAUGGUGACAAGAAGGCUGGAAAACCACCCAGAUAAACACAGCAAUUGUGUUGACUUAGAGGCCUUGAAAUGAGAGUGGGUGUCAAACUCAGUUGUAACACAUAAUCACACCGUGGAAAUGUGUGCAGAGCUAUCAUGCAGUACAGCAUUGUGACAGCUUAUCAACAAGCAAGGGAAGCUGCAAAUAACACAAAAGGAGGUAUAUUCUUCUAUAAUGGACAUCCAGUGAGACAGGUGGAUGUUGUUGGGAUGGUGGUUCAGACUAAAGAGCGAGAAGCCUUUCACAGUUAUGGAGUGGAUGAUAGUACUGGGGUUAUAAAUUGUAUCUGCUGGAAAAAUCCCAUGGUAGCAGAAAGAUCUUUAUCAGACUGCCCAAGCACCCCCACCAGUCUUAAAGUGCUUGAACAGAUGAAGAAAUUCCAGGAAAUGGUGAACCAGAAAACCAAGCUGGAGAUUGGAGAUGUCAUCAGGGUCAGAGGUUAUGUCCGGACGUUCAGGCAGCAAAGAGAAAUUCAGUCUUCAUGUUUUUAUAAGGUGGAUGAUCCUGUGUGUGAUGUUCAGAUUUCAAGAAUGUUGGAGCUCCCCUGCCUGUAUAGAGAAGUUUAUGAUAAACCUUUCCAAAGCCCAGGGGCGGGACAAAGUGGCCCAGAAGGUUUGGAUUUCUUAGUCCAAACACUGCAUGAGAAAGUGAGAGACUUCCUACUAGAAAACAAAAUUCAGACCUUUUACCAGCAGGAGUUGGAAACAAUUCAUUCUCUGGUAUCUCUAGCUGAUGGGCCUAAAUCUAGUCCCAGCUGUCAGGUGAAUUCAGGAAGCGAAUCCAGCUCCAAGAGGAUUCACAGUGUCUUCAAAGAAGCAAUAAAGAAACUACAAGAAAAAGGAGUGGUUUUCCAAAAACCCAGUACCUCCAAGGACUUGUACUACCAUGUGACCGACCACGAUAAGGAGCUGCUUAAAGUGACCCUUGAUGUGAUUAAAGAAGACUGUCAAAAACCCAGGCAUGCUGAAAAAGGCUGCCAUUUUCUUCAUGUCCUGAGUUGUGUUCGGCAGAGUUACAAUCCCAAUCUGACUGAAGUGGUGAUGCAACGUGUUUUGGAACUGCUGGAGAGCAACAGCGAUAUUGUCAGCACUAUGGAAGGAUAUUACAUGGCAUUUUAAAGAGGGAAGAUAAGAUGCAUUAGUUCUUGUCCAGUCAGGGUAAAGUAAAAAGAAUAAGGAAUGUCUGAAACAGAACUCUGGCACUUAAAAGCUAUUACCUACUGGGGGCAGUUUCUGUAACUGCUAGUUUUGUCCAGCUUCUGAGAAGUUGUCCCAGUAUUUGUUUUAAUAUUCUUCUUGACUGGGGAAUGUUGUAUCUAACUAAUUCUGGACACCCUUCUAUAGCAGGGGAGCUGGAAGAGACCACAGGCUUUCUGCCUGCAUGUGCUUCCCUGAUUAGCAGUGAGACGUUACGUGGCCUUUCUCACAUCUACAUCCAGUGACCCCUAAAGAGAAGUUACUGCUAAAGAGUACUGUUUGCAGCAGUGGUCACAUCAGGACUCAUCCUUCUGACUUAAAGGCUGAUGUUGUGAUUCUUCCUUACAGUGGUAGCUGUUCUUUUUAUAUAUGCUUUACAGUAGGAAAAGCACAUGUAAGCAAACAAUCUAAAGGUUACCUGUUCUUCCUGGUAAUGUUGGCACACCCAUGUGUGUAUAUAUAUAUGUGUGUAUUCCUGAAUGUGCAUAGCUUUGUCACUACUAAAACAGACCCCACCUUCCUCUGAAAAGUAGUUUUCAGGAAUGAGGAACUGCACCCCUUCCCCAUUCUGCAGCAUCCCCCACUGCUUGUAAAGCUUGUCUGGAUUCCCCUGGCUACCAUGUGCACUACUGAUGCAUGUUGUUUUGGAUUCUGUACAGACCAGAAGUUUCAAAAUCAACUAAUGUCUUUGUUUAUUUUUAAAUUGCUUUGUAUAUCACAAAAUAUAAGCAAAAAAUUAGGUGUUUUGGAACAGAAAGUAUGAAAACAAGCAAGACUCACUGUGAUCUCCAUGCUUCCCGUUGCCUUUUGUCUUCUUGUCACUUUCAGGAAAAAUGCUAUCCAUAUCCUUGCUUGUAGCAGAACAAAAGACAUGAAUGAAGUAACAUUGGCCUGAAAAAGGUUACCAUGCAAGACAUUUGACCUGGAAUAAUCAGAACUCUGUUAUGUGCCACUGUUCAAAACCUGGAGCUGUUCAGCAUCUGUGCUUGGAGGGCUUCCUGCUGCAGGGGAUCAUCUAAGUAAUCUGUUUAAUAGUGUGGAGGCGAUACCAUUAUUAAUUUGAGAAGAGUAGGAAGGGAAGAAUAUAUUUCUUCUUUCUGCUCAGCACCUUCCCUGUAACAGUUGAAACAGCAGGCUUCCAGGAAGCAGAUGUAGUCGUGCAGCCCUAUAAGGAUUGACAUAGCAGGGAAAAAUAAACCGAAUGCAUGAGGAAAGCCAGUGAGUAGCCUCGUGUGCCAGGUUUCUGCUUUGUUUUUAUAUUAUAUGCCUCAUUCCAAGCCAUGACUUCAGUGAGACUAAGAGAAAGAAGUGAUGAAAUAUUUGGCAUUUGCAUUCAGAGACCUGUGGAAAACCCCAGCUUUGUAGAGAUGGUAUAUGUGUUCAUAGUGGAAAACUGUGAGUUACUUCACUGUCAUUUCCCUACUUGCUGCAGAGCUUAAUAGCUGGUUUCCCAGCAAGCUGCCACUACUCCUAGUGUUAACUGCUGUACUUAGAGAUAGGUAUCUUCUAGUUAGAUCUCAAUAUGGGCCGAAUGUAUUUCUAUAUAUGAAGUCUGCCUAAAACUCCUGACCUCCUAUUUUCUAAGCAUCAUAGACUGAUGCAGACAAGAAGUGUGCAGACAACUGUCCUGCCCCAUUGUGAUUUAAAAGCACGGAUAACUGUGAAGCCUUAGAGAUGAGGAGUGAGGAGCUUUUCUCAGGAAAGACAGAUCAGUCACUCUGGAAAGAACCUUUCCUUUGAAAUUUUUAAGCUGGUCCUUGCUGGCAAUACUCAACUCUUGGAAGGAUGUAUUCUGUUGGAAAUUGUUCCUCAAGAACUGGAAGAAGGGAUUUUUCUCACUUGGAUUAGGGGAAUAAUAUGAAUGAACACGAGGGAGCCUACUGUUUUUUACAAGACUGAAAAGGUCAAGGUAAAAAUUAACAGAAUGGCCUAGUUUCAAGUUAUGCAGAUUGUAAUUACGAACAACAGUGUGGAAUACUUACGCAUUAAUCUUGUGUGCCUUAUUUUUUCCUCAGUAGCCACCCAGCACAGACGAAAACUUACUCUGAUUGAGUACGUUCCCCCUCCUGCACUUAGAGGGAAUGCCAUAUGCAUAUGCCUGCACAGAAGUACCCCAGCUAGCUGUGGGAGCACAGAGCUCACAUUAGGCUGAUUUACCUGUUUACUCAGCAUCUCUACAGUAUGCUUCUGUGACAGCAGUCUAGACAUACCCAUACUGGUAUAAGUCACCUUUAUGUAAGUCGAACUACACACACUAGGGCUUUUACUGCUAAUAAACUGUCUCUCUGUUUACAGAUCAUAUCCUUAACCAAAGUCAUAUCAUGCACACUGUUAAAAAAAAUUCUUAGAUUUAGACCACACCUACAAAAUAUUGUGUGGAACGUUCAGUGAAAGCACACUUUCUCUUUUUGUUUAAUUUGAAAACUCUUCAGGCAAUGCAGCCAUUACUAGUUUAUUAAAGGACUUUGAAGGUGGCACUUUAAGGUAAAACUGACAAGUGAGAAUUCAUGUUGGAUUGCUUCGUGGCCAGUUCUAGUUUCCAUAGAAACAGUUAUGGCAGUAAAAGGCAGGUAAGUAAAAUGGAGGUUUUAAAAGCAGUCAGCAUUUUUACAUUACCUUAAAAAUGUGUGUUUCCAUAGAAAUGGAAUACCUUAGAGUAAAAAUUACCAUAGAAUCUCAAUAUUUAAUAUCUCAAUAUUCUGGCAAAAUGCAAGCUGACUUUUCAGGAAAGGAGACAAAGGACAGAAUAACCCUGCUUUCAGUUCCUCAGAUCUGCUGAGAUGAGAGGAAAAACAGUUAAUUCCAUGCCUCAGUUUCCUCUUUGUAAAUUGUGAAUAAUAUGGUUUCCUAUGUUGUAGGACACAAGCCCUAUUUUUUGAUAACACCAAUCAUUAAAAACUCUUGAGAUCUGCAGGUGAGAAAUGUUAGAGAACUCUGUGGCUGAGUGGUAAUGUAUGAAUGAAUGCAUAGAGGCUGGAGCAGGAUUUAGCUCUAAUCCUACCUCUGCUUUUACUAUCAGCUUUAUCUUUCUCUGACUCAUGCAUGUUGCUUUGCCUGUCAUGUCUUUUUGAUCUUCGUAUCCUAUAAGGCAAUUAUGGUAUCUUGAUUCAUAUUUGUAUAAAAUGCUUUUGCUGGAAUCCUGUUCCCUUGUUAAGUCAUUAGGGAUCCUCUACUACAAAUGAUGGAUUCCUGAAGGUAGAAAUCCAGACACAUGAUUUCUGAACUUUCUUAUUAUCAAUUCUGUGGAAGUAUGUUUGUACCCAUGAGGACAUGUAUGCAAACUACCUGAGAACUGAAGUUUUUCUUCUUAAGUAAUAAAUUAAAAUUAUUUGCUAUUUGACUUGCUAAACUGAGCUGUUACUUUUGUGGAUCUGUCUAUAAUUGCUUAUUUCAGCAGUGAAUGCUGUACACAGAAGUUCCUAAUUCAUUAUUCAGAGUGAGAGUUCAUAAAUGAGCAGCCAGUAAGUCAUGGAGCUGUGUGGAGAAUGAGACAAAGUACUGAAAAUCUGCUUGUCAAAUAAAGGCUAUUUGCUUUACUUUGAGAGUAAGCUCAUCCUGGGAUUACUGGGGAAAGGAUGUCCCUAGUAAAGAUUGUAUUUUAUACUUCUAAAUGAAAAGGGAGAAAGUUCAGACACCACAGGCAACCUGAAUUUUGAAACUUCCUUUUUCAGUGUAGCACUGUGUUACCUAUUGCUCUUUCAGCAUAGUCUCCAUCUCUCCUGUUCCAACUCUGCAGACAGAGUUGUUUGCAGUGAGCAAACAAAAGUUCAGCUGCAGGAGAUAAAAGAGUAGUUAUAAUAAUUAGUUACCAUCUUCUAGGAGGAGCCCUGGUUUUACAGAAAUGUUGUUGCGGAUGUUGGUUGGCAGCAGGAAAAUGUUGAGUCAGGAAUCUUGGGUUUAAUUCCCAGCAAUGUGCCCUCUCAGGCACGGAGGGUUUCUCCCUAAUUUCUUCCAACUCUUUCUGUUCUCUUCUCUAAUUGUCACAUCUCAGGCCUUUCAUUUCAUUUGUAGUCUCAUCAUUCAUCUCUAUACCAUGGAUUGUGGUCAAACCCUAUUCCUCCCCAUUCUGUUCCCUUUAUCUUUCCUAACUCAGAUAUCCUUGUCUGCUGCUGGCAACUGAAAUUAUCAGCAUAAUCCUUCCAACUAACCAACUUGAUGUUGUUCACAGCCCAUUCAGUUUCCAGCAGGCUGUGCUUUGCUGCUUGUCCAGGUACCAGAAGAGGCAGGCAUCAUUUCCUUCAGCCUUGAUCUUUUACCAUGUAGACUGCAGCAGGAACAAACUGCAAUUCCAGGAAAACCCUGAAGGUUUCUAGGUGUGAGCUUUUGCUCUUGUCCAAGUAUGAAAUAAAUAGAGUUAAAUAUUAAAACACCUGUAUCUUGCCCAAACUGCAGUAAGUACAAGUUGUUCUUCCAGAUGGCAGAAGUCAUCUGCCUCCCCCUGUCACUUUCAAGCCCUUCUGCAGAUUUUAUCACAUAGGUAUUCUGUCAAGUUGAUGUAGACUUUUAGUUUGUGCAUCUACUAGGUAAUGUCCCUUCUUUUAGACUGAUUUUUUUUAAAAUGAGAAACUGUCAUUAUACUCUGUGUUUGAUGUAAUUAUGCUGUCUGAGCAUUUGUCAGAUCUGUCACACUGUCCCAAGUGAUUCUGUACUCUGUUGGCUAGUUAACAGGGGCGAAGGACCUGAAGAUCUUAUAGUCUUGCACAUUAUUAGAAAGUGGAUGCACUGAUAGAAUAGGGAAGCCCAAGUGAGUGCCAGCAGUAAGGGGAAGGAAGAAAUUGUCAUACAACAAGAAAGAAAUCACACACAAGAUGAUCACAAGGAAAAAAUUUUGUUACUUCUGCAGUGAGAACUACUUGUUUACUUGUUCUGCAGUGCUCUUUAUAGAACUGAAUGGACUGUUUUUUCCUGAAGUUUGCUGCCAGAGGUCUCCCCAGCGCAGAUGAGUGUGAUGGGAAACUGCAGCAUCUUUAUCAAGCUAGAACUGGACCUGUCUGCCAGCUUAGCCUGGGAUGAGCAAGCUGUGAGUGUGUGAGCAUGUAUGGGCCCAAACAUCUGCUUGCCUUUCUUGACAACUGGAGGAAUAGCUGCAGCUAAACUACUGCUUUGAUAGGAAGAUAAGGCUGAAGCCAGUAUUGAGAUGUCCUCUUGAGAACAGUGAGGGAAACUGAAGUGAGGGACAGCAUCUGGGAAUUAGCCUGGAGAAUCCCAAUCUAAACCUGUGAUCAGUUUGAUAAACUUCAGCUGCCACAAAUGUAAGCCUGAUGUUUAUACAAUACAUAAGAAAAGUGUGGUUUGGGCUUGUUUUAUUUUAUGUUUUUAAACUAUGUCAUCAGAUAGCUACAAAACCUUCAUAACAAUGGAAAAGUACAAGGUGUACAUGGAUGAAAAACAGUCUGCAAUGUGCUGCUACUACCCUAAACAGAGCGUGAGAUGCACCUACUGCUGUUUCAAGUCUUUAAUCCCCAACUCUGGUAAGAGAGGACUGAAAAAUAAUGUUAUCCAUGAAAAGGUUAAAUUCUGAGAUAGCUGUCUCAAGGAAAGGAUAAUCUCUAAUUUAAGUAAAGAGAGUAAAGCAACUCUUUUACAGUGCAACUGAAAGCUGUUACACCAUAGGGAAAGCACAUACACUGCUAGCAGGGAGAAUGAUUAUUUAAGUUUUCCCAUUGUAGGAGGCUGCACUUGGGUUGAUAAACCAGCAUACUGGUGAGGAGGCUGAGAGGCAAAGGGGCACAUUAGUGAUCUUGUGGGGCUGCUCUGUGGGACUGCAGCUGGUUUCUUCAGCUCCUUUCUCUUUCUACUACAUUAGCUGAGCCUAUUUAUCCCAAGAGUGAAUUUCAUUUGAAAAGCAGUAAUCUCCCAAGAAGAUGAGAUGUGAUUUGCUUUUAAAAAAUAGGGGGAAAAAAAAGGAUUGUAUUAUGCUUUGUGUUUCAGAGUUUAAGAUCUGAAUGCCAGACAGGCUCUAUUAUUCUUGUCACUUAUAUCAAAAGGUAUGUGUUAAAACCUGAAGUGGAAGAACUGCAUCAAAAGCAGCCUGAAGGUUUUCUGAGUAUAGAAGUUGAGAUGGGGGUGUAACAAAGCCUCUGUGUUGUGCUGUUGCACAUCAGAGCCAAGAAAACCCUAAGGGGCACAUCUCUAGUACCAUGUCUAGCAGAUUAUGCAUGUAACUGUAGUUGCCAGUAACGAGUUGUGUGGCUAAUUUGUCAUGCACAGCACUGAAACACUCCCCACAGGCGGCUGAACUCAUGAGGCACUUUGCUUCACCCAAAGGUGAUGAGCACCAUUAGGGCUCCUCAUAGUAAAUGGGACAAGAAAAUGUCAGUGUGUUUCAAGGGCAGACCUUGGCAAAUACAAAAUCAGAAGAGGGAAGGAAACGUUUUUAAACAGCAACUCAAGCCACUCAAAAGGGGUCGUUAUGCUGUAGUAUGCUGGUUGAUAUUUACGGAGGUUUACAUAUCUUUAGUAAUAUGCCAUGAAUUAAUAAGAGGCAUUACAAAUGGCUUUAAUGAAGCACAGAAAAAUCAGGUCCUUGUUUUAUUUUCUUGCUGACUUUAUGAUUCAAGUGUUUUCAAUUUAUAACUCAAAUGCUUAUUUGCAAAAAUUAGCCAGCAUGACAAAGUCCUCUUGCAAUAUGAAAAUACGAGUUGUGCUCCAGCUCUGAGACCAUCACAUGUGCAUUCUGUCACACCAGCUUUUGUGGAAUUAGAAUAAAAUUGAGGUUGCUGGACUGAAGCUGUACUGCAUCUGAGAGGCUAAUGUGGUUACCUGUUUGGUCCAAAAAAUAGAAAAAGAAAAAAAGAAGCUUUUCAAAUUGCUCUUCAGAAGUCCGAAUCCCUCAAACUGCUCCUCAGGUGGAUUUUCCUGGACCACAAGUCUGUAAAGGUGAACAAUUAAAUCAGCUGUUGAUAUUCAUUUACAUAUUAAACUUAUUGUUAAUAGUAGUGAUAUUCUUUGUCAUGACAGGAAUUUGGUAACAGAGAUUUAAAGAAAUAUGAAUACUUGGAAACUUAAGAUUAGAUCUUCUAGAGUUUGUAACUUUCCUAUGAAACUGCAGUGCCUUGGUCUGUUUUCAUGGUCCCUCUCAUACAGGCUCUUCAAUGUGCAAAGCCCAAGGAGCCUGCUGUGCUUUGCCCUUCUUGCUGCUUUCCUUUCCUUGAGUCCCAGGGGCAGCCCAAGCCUGCCUCUCCAGGACAAGAGUUGGGCAGGUGCUGUCAGCUCCCUUUUCCCAGCUGCUGCUGAAGAGAGGAGCAGAUUUUCUCAAGCCCACAGCAUAAUAAGUGGUUUUGGUUAUUUUCUGCCAGUCUUGCAAUGGUGUGGGAUCAGACUCCCACUAGACUGGGCAUUGUACAUAUUUUAAAAGAACAAUCCAUGCCCCUAGCAACAUAUAUUUUUUCCUAUGGAAAUGGAUGGCUGCAGCAGACAAACAAGGAGAACAGAAGGUGACAAUGAGAGUAAAAGCUGCAGAUGGAGAAGACGAGGAGGUUGUACACACACAAGGGCUGGGCAGGCUUUGCAGCUGGAGAAGAUUGUCUGGAGCAGUGAACAAUUAAGCUGCCUUGAGCAGAAGGAAAGUGAACAGUGAACCAGAUGCUGUGAAAGUACAGGGUUGUCACCAAGGGAGCACAAACCUCCAAGUGCCAUUAAGGUUUGACUGAAAAUAGCAGCUCCUUGCAAAAGUAGAUGAGGAGUACCCGUAAGGAGAUGCCAGUUAGUAAGAAUGUCAGGAAGGACAGGGCAAAGUGUUUGGAGAAUUAUGUAUGUUUUCUUUUUCCCUCACAAUGAAAUGUUUUGAAAGCUGAUUUAAAACAAACCCUGAGUGUUUUAAACGAUGUGGGGAACCCUUUAUUCUUUUCUGGACAGAGUGAUAGAAGAGGAUGGAAUGUGUAAUGUAUAUUGAUAAUGGCUCACAGGAAAGAGGUAUCCAAGACCCCAAAGACCAGCCAUGCUGAGCAUAUUUUUAUCAAUGGGUUAUUUGAAUAUUUACAUUUGCAGGGAAGAAUUUUCUUUGUUUGCUUUGCACACCAGGGACUUCUUGGCCAGUCUAAACAGUAAGGGUUUCUAAUAUAAAUAAUUUCUCUACUGCCUUGUGUCAUGCAAGCAGAUUAAGGUGGGAUGUCCUUCCAAGAAGAGCAGGGAGUGCACUGAAGGAAAAAAGUGAUGGCAGAGGUGAGAACAUCUCCCCUCUACCAGCUACCUGUUUACCAGAAGGCAAUCUCGCAUUAGCACACAUCUCAGGAUGGGAUGCCAGGACAUGAGCAUUUUCUAUCAGCUCUAGUUUUGGUGAACUGUGUGUGGCAGGAGAAGGGUCAGAGCAUCUCCCACCAUGUACUGGAAGGACAAUGUUAUGCAGCAGGUAGUUAUGCUAUGGCGUUGCUUCCAUUUUUCUUCUUUUCAACUUCUUAAACUGCUAGUGGCAUCUAGCUACCAACUUCUCACUCUCAGACAUCAGUCUUCAAGCUCAGCUGUUGGUGGCUUUGUAAUUUCAGUGCAUGCUUUACAAUGGCUAAGAGAGCUAAUAACACAGCUGUAGUGAAAAUGCUGAAUCACGAAGCAGUGAUUGAGCACCUGGUGGGAGGGCAGGGCCAACCCAGGGGAGCACAGGUGCAAGCAACAGGUGCAAGCAAUGAUCCUGGGUGACUGGAAGGGGUGGAGCCAGGAUCCGACCCUUCCCUGACCUUAUUUAAGGGUUGGCAGUUGAAAACGAGAGAAUCUCUCUGGAGAUCCCUGCAUACCUGUGGUCUUCUAAAGGUAAGUAGAUUCUUUCCUUUGUUUCUGUGUCUAUAGCUGUUGUGUUUGAGCGUAUCCUCACUUGCUGCUGCUUAGGACCUAGCUGCUGAGCUCUCAUUGCUGUGCUUUCUGCUGCAUUACAGCAGCACAGAAGCUGUGAUUCAGAAAAUGUGCUUAUAGUGUGUAUGGUGAAACCCCACUGAGGGUGACCCUUCUUUUGUUGUAAAAGGCAACAUCCUUUUGCCAGGAGCCGGGACCUUUCUACGCUGCUAGGCUUGUAGGUCUGUAGCUGUCAGCAGCGCUGUGGGAGCUUACUGGGGAAUCUGCUUGUGCUGCUGUUGAGGAGGCUUCGUUUGGUGGAGAAUACAGAGAUCUUGGUGAACUCAGUUAGUUUGGCAAAUAUCGAUUCAUGAAGUGAGCUGCUGGCUGGGAGAUCACACCCCAGUUCCCUUUUCAGUGCUAAGCGCCUCCAGAAUAAUCACAUGGAAAGUAAUGAUGAUUCGUGAAGCACGUGAAACUUCUGGGGCUAGCUCUCCAUGUAGCAUGACGAGGGAAAGAUGAAGCUCCUUUUGCACGUGUGUGGGAAGAGCUGAAGUAGGUCUAUCGCUAAAAGCCCUCCCCGGCAGAUAGUAGCAUUCCUCCAAGUCCGAUCCCUCAGCAGCCCGGGCGGAG